AUGUUCUCUUGUUCACCAGAUGAUCAUGAUGUAAUAUCAUUUAUAACACACAGUAUCACCUCACCAUCUGAUAUAGUAAGUUGUUCCUAUGCCUGCAAUUAUGCUCAACAAUUUUACCAGAAUUGCCAUUUCUCAAGAGGGUGCCUCCACUCAAUGCCAGUUUCUUAUCAGUUUUGAAAGAAUGACAAAAUUAGUCUUGAAGAAGGGUGGUGUGUCUACCCCCACCCCAUCCCCCUCCCUCUACCUGGAAAACUACACUAUCGGUACCCCAGAUUGAUUGAAAAGACUUAUAUAUGUUGUGAAUUAUAAACAAUGCCAAAUGCUGUACAUUAAUGGGUUAUUCUAGAAGUAUCAUUUAAUAGGAUUUAAGCUUUUCAAUGUACAACAUACAUAAUAAAAAUGUGUGAUUUGAAAUCUGUAUUGAAACUGCUGUUGCACAAUAUCUUCUUAUACAUGUGCGUCGUUUACAGAAGAAGAAAAUGUCUGAAGAUGAAAUGAAGAAACUUAAUGAGCAGUAUGACCAAAUGACAGAGAAAUUUCAAAAAGAAAAGGAUGAGUAUGUGGUCACUGUAAUUACUUGUCGAAAUUCCUCAUUAAAAGCGAGACGAUUAGUUAGUAAACUUUGAUUUUACAAGCUAUCUAUCUUUCACCAUUUGUAGUUGUAGAACAGUAUGCACAUGUAGAACAGUAUGCAUUAAUAUAAAUAAAGUUAUAUAUUUAACAAUUUAUUUUUCUUAAAUCUCUAUAUAAUGCCAUCAAUCCCCCAGCUAAUGGACCUUUCCCCUUAUAACUAAAAUUUCGAUCUAGACAAAAAUUUCAUCACAGCUUGAAAGAGCAUCACAAAAUUAGUAAUAUUCCAAAGUUUUGUUGCAAAAUGUUGUAAAAUGCGGAUAAUAUAGCCUUGCGAAGUUUGCCGUUUUUCAGUCAUUUUGUAUUACAAACGGGAAAUUGACAUACGAUUCGGGUGUUGGGGCUGCAAUUUCCCGUUUGUAAUCUAAAAUGACUGAAAAUUGCAAAUUUCGCAAGGCUAUAUUAUCCGCAUUUUACAACAUUUCGCAACGAAACUUUGGAAUAUUACUAAUUUUGUGAUGCUCUUUCAAGCUGUGAUGAAAUUUUUGUCUAGACUUGCCUAGAUCAAAAUUUUGGUUAUAAGGGGAAAGGUCUAUUGAAUAUUAAUAAUUAAUUCAAAUGGUUAUCUGACUCGAUUAACCAUAUAUGGUUAUCUCAGAAACCCAGCACGAAUUAUUUUGUCCUACUUAUUGAUUAAUUUUUGAUUAAUCAUUUUGUAAAUUUUUUCAUAAAAGCGUGCUGAAUAAAAGUCUUCUUCUUUCCAUAAAAGUCGUUUCUGGAUACUAAAGAGGCCCAGGAAAAAAUUUCCGCGGAAAGAGAAUUUUGUAAAAUGUGAUUGGCCGACACAAAUUUUCCUUCCGUCGGAAAAAAAUUUUAAAUUGAUAACUUUUAACAAUGUCAUUUUCGGAAAUUUUCCAUUUCUGGAAAUUUUUCUUGAGUGAGGAAAUUUUUCUUUCAGGAAAAUUUUUCGCGGAAAGAAAAAUUUUGUGAAAUGUGAUGACAAUUUUAAACUCCUAACAGUGAUAAUUAUUCAACUUUUGACAACUUUUAACAAUGAUAUUUUCGGAAAAUUUUCUGUCCGUGGAAAUUUUUCCCGAGUGGAAUUGGGCCUCUCGGUUUUGUUUAAAUUUUUGUUUUGGAUAGAUCUGGUUUAUUCACAGUGGUUUAAUAGAUCACACACCCACAAAUACACACCUCAUUAAAAAUUUAAAACUGUAUUUUGAUUUUAUUUCAGGUACGCCAAGGCACACCCAUCAGAUUCGAAUUACGAUUCACAGGUAACAUAAUUCUUGGCACUGGCAGUAUGUAAAUGAACAUUAAAUACUCGAGGAAUUUUAACAGUAAAGGCUGGUGUUUACACUAUCAAAGUUUCUCUGAUCACAGUAGGAAUUUUGCAUGAGUAAAUUCUACGUUUUGAAGGAUUUGUUUGAAAUACUUGAGGGAACAUGGCUCAAUUUUGUUUAAACACUGUAUCAGUUUCCGCAACUAUUUCUUACAAAUCCUUCGAAACUUAGAAUUUAUACCAAUGCAAAAAUUCCUACUGUGAUCACAGAAAUUUUGACAGUUAUUCAGUUUUAUUGUUCAUUAUCUUGUUGCAGUUUGAAACACCAUACGAUCGAGAUCUAAGGUUGAUCUAUGAAGGCCAGAACGCCGUGCAUCAGAUUGUCAAGUAAGUAAUUUGUUCGACGUGUAAUUAUCAGGGGCCGGUUGUAUAAAAACGUAAUUAGCGCUAACUGUAGUUAGCGUUAAUCACUGUAGUUAAAUCCUUAACUGUAAUUAGUUAACUACAUGACUUAACUGCGUUGCACAAAACGUAGUUAGUCGGAUAGUUAACUAAUCACGUAGUUAACUGUGCGUGGGGCUUGCGUGGGGCGGUUAAACACAAAAUUACAUAAAGUAAGCAGCGAAUAACGACCGCUGACACACAUUUUCAACAUGAUUGUGGACUCGUAUUUUGCAAAUAGGCGGGAAUUUUAUUCAAAACGCUAGAAAAACAAUGAAAAAUAUACAAGAAAACAAGGAAAAGCCGCCACAAAAAUCAUAAAAGAAUGCAGUUUUUCCUUGAGAUGCCUACGUUAAACCAAGGUAUAGCUGUUUGGCAAUUAUAUAUCAGUGUUUCUUGGUGUACUGGACCAUACUUCGUCUUCGAGAAGUCGUCUUGUGCAAAAAUAUGUUCUGUUUUCGUAAAAACACCAAAGCGAUAGCGUUUGAAGAGUUUAUAUUGUCAGGAAACAUUCACAGGGAAGAUAGCGAUUGAAAAUCUCAGGUAACCGUUGUUUUUCAUUGUUGUUUUACUGAAAAAUGUUGUUCACUCCUAUACAAACGCCAUUUUUAACUACGUUUUGGACAGUUAACUAUACCCUAAAGCAUAGUUAACUUUAACUUCUUUUUAACUGCAGUUAAGGCUAACUACACUUUUAUACAACCGGCUUAACUACGUGAUUAAAGUUAACUAUUUUUUAAGGCUUUUUAACUACUUUUUAACUGCAGUUAGCGCUAACUACGUUUUUAUACAACCGGCCCCAGAACUUUGGGCAUCUAUGUACGCUCGAUAUACAACUAAUUUUAGAAGGGUUUUGUUAUGAAUUUUAUACACCUAUUUAACAUAACCAGGAGCAGUUGGAAUUGUGCUGUGGAAUUGUGUUCCACCCAGUGAACUCUAAUAAUAACUGGAAGGCUAAGUCAGGGGGGGAAGUUGAAGCCGUGCUUGAAGCUUUUUUUGUAGGUAGACCCAGUCCUUUUUAAUUUUUUUUUUCAAAAUAUGCACAUUUUUUGAUCAGAAAAAUCUUGCCCCAAAACAUUAGUUAUACUACCAAAUUUAAUUUAUAUCAGUAGUAUGAUAAAUGAAUUUAAUAUUCGCAAAGCAAACAAAUCACGAAUUAGCAAAAAAAAUGCGAAAAACACGACCAUAAGCAUGAACAGUCUGAAAAACCGCGCGUUUUAGGCUGCUUUUUCUGAGUUUUGGGAAGUUUAAGAUAAAACUAAGACGUCAUACCUCAGGAAUUUUUUAUACCCAUGCAAAAUACAUUUGUAUGCGAAGUUUCAAGAAGAUUUAACGUUUUAAGGUCGAAAAAAAGCAUUUGAAAAUUGACAAAAAUAUUGCCAUAUUCAAAGUGCUCAUAGUGGCCAACAAGAUGCCGAUGACGAAAAUAACAUCACUUGAAAAACGCCAAUUUAUUUAUGUUUAAGAGCGAUUAAAACAAGGACUAAAAGCUCAGGAUCAAUAACAAUACCUGGGGUUUAGUACAACAUAAGUUUUGGGACUGUCAAAAUGUUUUAUAGUAUAUAUUUUUGAGUUGAACGGCGAGGUUUCCUUCGGCACGUCCAAACUUUCGUCAUUUUUUCAAAAUACAAAAGCAAAACUCCUUACUUUUUUCUGCAGAGAGAUGUAAAACAGUUGGAACUAAUCGAAAAACCUGGUUUAAAUCCCAAUCAUUGUUGUAUUCCCAUGGAAAAAGUGUUUUUCUUGCAAAUUUUUGCUCGAAAACAAACUUUUGGCAGAAUUUUUUUCACUCCUCAAAACUCUCCUUAGUCUUUUUGAAAGCUGAUUUUCCCGCGCGCCGGCUUCAACGAAUCAUAGACUUUCAUCAUAGGAGUUAGCCUUCCAGUUAUUUUUAGAGUUCACUGGUUCCACCUUAUUUAAAACAAUUAAACAUUUCGACCCUGCGAUUUCCGGUGCAGUGCUCUAACCAACUGACCUAUAGAGGCCAGUUGUCGAGCUCUAGCCUUAAAAGUAAUUUGUGGUCUUCAAAUGAAGACGAUCACCUUUUUUUCAAAAAGUAAAUUGUUUUUGCUUGUCUUCAUUGGAUUUCCUUCAAAUUGCAGUAAUUUACACAUGAAAACUGGAGAUUUGACAACACAAAUCAAUGAACUUCAAAGAAUCAUGUCCGUAGAAAAUUUGGGAGGUGGAGGAAAAGACUCUAUUUCCAGACAAGAAGUGAACAGCAUCAUAAAUCUUCAAAACCAACUGACCAGCGGUAUGGAGGAGGUCAAGUAAGUCCUAGAGGUUCUUCCAGGUGAUCUUGAUACGCGGAAAAGUACUGGCACUAGUUGUCAAAUAGAAAUCCAUUUUAUGAUUAAAACAACUGAACAUCUCCUGUAAUAUACUUUAUUUCGAUUCCAUAUUUUUGUCAGAGCUAUAGUUCUCAUAACCAAACAUAAUUACAAAAUUUCAACUAGUUUCAUAAAGAAUAACGAAAGAUAUAAUUGACUGAAUACAUCAAAAUGGAUUUCUAUUCGGGCAACCCUUUCUGAGCGCUGAUUGGCUAAAAUACGAACACGAGAUCACCUGGUAUAGCAGUCAGAUUAAAGGCUGGUUUACACUCUCGAAGUUUCUGUGAUCACAAUAGGAAUUUUGCACAGGUAAAUUCUACGUUUUGUUUGAAAUGUUUCAAGGAACUGACGAACUGACUUAUUGUUUAACAUUAAGUCAGUUCCCUCAAAUAUUUCUGACAAAUCCUUCAAAAUUUAGAAUUUACGUAUGGGUAAUUCCAUGGUAGUGAUGACAUUUUUUGAAAAAAAAAGUUGUCAAGAAUUUUCAGAAGCUAUUGGAAACAAUUCUGAACUGAAAUGUUAAGUUGUACUUUAUAUGUAACAUGAGUCCACGUAACAUGAGUCACAUGUAUCAUGUAGCAAUCCUUACUAUUGUAAUUCAAAAUAUAAAUUUUUUUAGUGUUGGUAGUUUGCCUAACAUAUAGUCUGUUACUUGGUAGACAUUGUAUGUUUCUCCUUCCUAUGGUUCACACAUUAUGACGUCAUACUGUGUAUCUACAACUUAACAGACAACGGCAAAAUCUUAUCUAUUUGUUAAGUCAUAGCCUGUCCAGGGAAAGAUGGCUGUGAAACUCAUUACAAUAACAAUAUAACUCAUGAUCUACCGUAUGUUAGUUAACGUUUAUUCAUAAAUCUGGUCCUUCACCGUCACGUGUGUAUUGUAUUUUUGCCCAACUAACCAAUCACAAUGUUUUAGGAAAGUUACCUAUCCAUGACUCAAACAAUAGGGAAAUUGGAAAUUGUUAUUGGUGGAUGUGGCAAGAAUACAAUACACAUACACACGUGACGGUGAAGGGCCAGAUUUAUGAAUAAACGUUGAUCAACAUAGAUAAUGAGUUAUAUUCUUAUUCUAAUAAGUUUCUAGGCUAUGGUUAAGUAGAGUAUUCUUUGUCUCCAAUCACCAUGGAAUAUCACCAUGCAUAUUCUGUGUUGUAUUACGUUUAGAAAUAUUGUGCGUGGUCUUAGUGGUGGUGUAGUGAAGAGAGAUGUUGGAGACAAUGGUGGUGGUGACACAGCGAGUGAGAUCAGUAGUUUAAGAAAUAGUAUGGAGAUCAUGAUGGAAAAUGUCAAUCAUUUAGUUACCAAACAACAGGUAGGGACAACUCUAGUUUUCUUUAGUUAUGAAAAGGAAAAUUUGCUUAAUUUUUAGCCCAUCAAUCCUUUUUUUGGUUGUGAAUUUACUGUUACACUUUUAUUACCCAGUUAUUGAACUACACACGCAAAAAUCUCCCAUCUUGUAACAAGUUUGUCAACAAGCCGUCAACAAGCUGUCUUCGCACUGCUUGUCAACAAGUUUGGAACAAGCUAUUAACAAUUUGUAACAAUCUUGUUGAUAUUAUCAGACUUGUUACAAGGUUGUCCCAACAAGUCCGAUACAGUCGUGAUAUAACAAUAUUGUUACAACCUUGUGACAUUCUUGUUUAUCAUGACUGUGUCAGACUUGUUAGAACAACCUUGUGACAAGUCUGAUAAUGCCAUCAAGCUUGUUACAAGUUGUUAACAGCUUGUUCCAAACUUGUUACAACAACUGGGAACAAGCAGUGCGAACACAACUUGUUGACAGCUUGUGAACAGAUUUGUAACAACUUGUUUGCAGACUUGUAACAACUUGUUACAGAUCUGCAAACAAGUUGUAACAAGGGUUGUUGUCAAGCCGAUAUCAGGGUGUGUUCGCACUGCUUGUUCCCAGUUGUUGUGACAAGUCUGAAACAAGUUGUUAUCACCUUGUCACAAGGUUGAUGACGGUAACAGACUUGCAACAAGUUUUUCCAACAAGACUAAUACAGGCUGUUCGUAACAAGUUGCCACGGGCUUGUUGUUAUCAACUUGUUAACAAUUUUUUACGUCGGUGCAGAUCAUGUCAGACUUGUUGGAAUAACUUGUUGCAAUUAAGUCUGUUUGCUUCAUCAACCUUGUUACAAGAUGAUAACAACUUGUUGCAGACUUGUCAACAACUGGGAACAAGCAAGUGCGAAUACAUCUUGUUGACAAGUUGUUAGAUUUUUACGCCGAUUGCCACUAUUGCUCAUUGAUUUGUCCAUGUUUCCCACCAUUACAAAAUAUUUCACAUAUUUGUUUUCCUUCCUUAGUUUGCAAGUAAAGAACACGGAAAAGACAAUGAUAAGGGAUGUCCACCAGUGGAAAAACCGAACUGCAUAGGACCUGGCUAUUUUGUGUUUCUGACAGUUGUACAAAUAGUCGCACUUGUAGCUUACUUUACGUACAAAAGUCACAAGGAAGCUGCGGCGAAGAAAUUCUUUUAAUGGAUAUGGAAAUAAGUAUAAUUAGUGAAACGAGGAUGGCAGUUCCACUCGAGUUCAAAUUUUGAUGAGAGGUCAUAAGGGGCGGACCAUUAGAAAAGUGAUGGGGGGGGGGUCCAUUUUCAACGUGCACGAUUUUUUUUUCAAAGUGUUUUGCUGUGUCCGUUAUUUUUUUUUUUAAUAAUCCCUUGCUCGAAUUUUAUUUUUUCCCCCAAAAAUUGCUGGCGGGUGGGGGUGGGGGUUUGGCGUGAAAAUUUUUUUUCCGGACUCAAGAAUUUUUGCAGAACAAAGAAAAAUAAAAAAAUAAAUUUUCGGACUAACAUCAAUUCAAUUAAGGUUUAAAACACAUUUUCCCCCAAAAAACUUCUUAAAACACGAUUAAAACGCUUAUUUUCGAAAUUUCGGGGACACCCUUACACUGUACCUCCAAUAGGCCCUGUAAUUUUCCCCAUUGAAAAGUCUCUGCACGAAUUUUUUUUUUCCAGACAUUUCUGGUGCACGAAUUUUUUUUCUUUCUAUUUUCCCUGCUCGGAUUUUAUUUUUGUUUCCC